AAAAUAGACACCAGACGCUCAAGUUCUCAACGCAGUCCUGCUCCUCCAUCCCCGUUUUCAGAGAAUCUUGAUCCAAAGACAUCACAGUAGUUCUGUUCCGCACGAUCUUCUGCACAGAGUAAUUAGUCUCGAUCGACCAUGAGUUACCAGCAAGGUUCUUCCCCCGCAGGCGCAGCAGGAUACCCGGCUGCACGCCAGCAGCAGCAGCAGCAAGCCUACGUGGCGCCGCCGCCGCCGCCCGGCUACCCACAGGUGCAGGACGAGCAGCAGCAGUACCCAGCCGGCGCCGGCGCCGGCGCCGAGACCACCAGCCGCGGCCAUCACCAUCACCACCACGGCGGCGGCGGCGGCUUCUGGAAAGGAUGCUGCGCGGCGCUCUGCUGCUGCUGCCUCCUCGACGCCUGCUUCUGAUUUGAUCGAGCUUGUCCGAUGCUCGUCUCGUGAUCAUGGAGCGCUUACAUUACAUUACAUACACGCGCUCUGAUCACUGGGCUGAGCAGGGAGGAGGUGUUCAUCAUGCACGGUUGAUUGAUUUGCUUUCGAGCCUGGAAUGCCCAUGCCGUGUACCUGAUCAUUCUUUUUUUUUCUCCUCUCUGGUGGCGUGUUCUGCUCUUGUUGCAUGGUUUCUUCCUUGUGUAUUGUAAAGUUUGUUGCUGCUUAAGCAACAUUUUGUAUGUAUGCGCAUGUAUGUUAUGUACUUCCUCCUUGUCAUGUAUGUUAAGUUGUGCUAAACCCGUGUCAAUAAAUAUGGAACAGAGGGAGGGAGUAUACUUUUCACGCGAUCUUUUGUGCGUCAUGUACUCCCUCCGUCCCAUAUUAAGUGCUGAAA